AUGGACGUGGUGGCCCCCCCCGCCCCCACGAUCACACCCCGCGUCUCUCCUCCCUUCCUCUUCUCGAGUCCCCGGAGCUGCAGGGGAGGCUCGCCUCGCUUCCCCUUCCUGCGGCUGCACAUUUCUGAACCCAACGUGCAUCGCCAGUUCUGCGGGGACCCCGGCCUCCAGGCGCUCCCCGCUGGCCGGACCCGAGGGCGCCGGGGUGCCCUGCCCCCCGCAGAGUCCCUCCCUCCCUCAGAUCGUUUAUAUUUUGCUACUUUAAGGAAUAGACCAAAAAGCACAGUACAUAUCCACUAUUUCUCCAUCGAUGAGGAGCUGGUCUAUGAAAAUUUCUAUGCAGAUUUCGGACCUCUGAACUUGGCGAUGGUGUACAGAUACUGCUGUAAGCUGAACAAGAAACUGAAAUCAUACAGUUUAUCAAGAAAGAAAAUAGUGCAUUACACCUGCUUUGACCAGCGGAAAAGAGCAAACGCAGCAUUUUUGAUAGGUGCUUAUGCUGUCAUCUAUUUGAAGAAGACACCGGAAGAAGCCUACAGAGCACUCCUGUCCGGCUCCAACCCCCCCUACCUUCCAUUCAGGGAUGCUUCCUUCGGAAACUGCACGUACAACCUCACCAUCCUCGACUGUUUGCAGGGAAUCAGAAAGGGAUUGCAGCACGGAUUUUUCGACUUUGAGACGUUCGACGUGGAUGAGUACGAACACUACGAGCGAGUUGAAAAUGGUGACUUCAACUGGAUCGUUCCAGGAAAAUUCUUAGCAUUUAGUGGACCACAUCCAAAAAGCAAAAUUGAAAAUGGUUACCCCCUCCACGCCCCCGAAGCCUACUUCCCUUACUUCAAAAAGCACAACGUGACGGCCAUUGUGAGGCUGAACAAGAAGAUCUACGAGGCCAAGCGCUUCACGGACGCCGGCUUCGAGCACUACGACCUCUUCUUCAUCGACGGCAGCACGCCCUGCGACAACAUCGUGCGCAGGUUCCUGAACAUCUGCGAGAACACGGAGGGGGCCAUCGCCGUCCACUGCAAAGCCGGCCUGGGCAGGACGGGGACGCUGAUCGCCUGCUACGUCAUGAAGCACUACAGGUUCACGCACGCCGAGGUCAUCUCCUGGAUCCGGAUAUGCCGGCCCGGCUCCAUCAUCGGGCCCCAGCAGCACUUCCUGGAAGAAAAACAAGCAUCGUUAUGGGUCCAAGGAGACCUUUUUCGAUCCAAAUUGAAAAAUAGACCGUCCAGCGAAGAAAGUAUUAAUAAAAUUCUUUCGAACUUGGAUGACAUGUCUAUUGGUGGAAACUUAUCCAAAAUACAGAACGUGGAGCGAUUUGGAGAGAACAACUUAGAAGAGGAUGAGGAUGUGGAAAUGAAAAACAGCAUAACCCAGGGAGAUAAACUACGUGCCUUAAAGAGCCAGCGCCAGCCACGCUCCUCGCCGCCCUGCGCGUUCAGGUUGGACGAUACGAAAGGGCACCCGAGGGCAGUGGUGUGCCAGCCUUUCAGACUGGCUUCUUCCUCACAAGGAUCUGCGUCUGCUCUGAAGAUCUGCAAAGUGGCUUCGUCCCCGUCCGCCACGGCCAAGCGGAUCUCCAGGGGCACCUUGGCCUCGGGCGCCAGUGGGAGAAGCUUCUCCGUAAACUCCCGGCUGGCCAGCUCUCUGGGGAACCUGAGUGCGGCCACGGAGGACCCGGACAGCAGGAAGACCUCGCCCUGCAAGGUGGGCUUUGCCGCCAGCCCCUUCGCCAACCUCCUCAACGGCAGCUCCCAGGCGUCGUCCAGAAACUACCCCGAGCUCAACAACAACCAGUACAGCCGCAGCCCCCCGAGCAGCCCGCGGAGCCCCCCGAGCGCCAGGCUGCCCCCAAAGAAAUUCAACAGCACCAAGGAGGCCUUCUGA